CGCGGAACCCGGAAGAGGUUGGGGCGGGGCCGCGUCAACUCGGAAGCGGUCGGCGGCGGUGGGCCGGAGGGGGCUCCGCCGCAAGACGAGGAGGAAGGGGCGGCUGCGGAUCCAGGAUGGCGGGGACGGCGCUCAAGCGGCUCAUGGCCGAGUACAAGCAGCUGACGCUGAAUCCACCGGAGGGAAUCGUGGCAGGCCCGAUGAAUGAAGAGAACUUUUUUGAGUGGGAAGCCUUGAUCAUGGGCCCAGAAGACACCUGUUUCGAGUUUGGUGUUUUUCCUGCGAUUCUUAGCUUUCCCCUGGACUAUCCACUCAGCCCCCCGAAGAUGAGGUUCACCUGUGAGAUGUUCCACCCGAACAUUUACCCUGACGGAAGUUGCAUCUCCAUCCUGCACGCUCCCGGAGACGACCCCAUGGGCUACGAGAGCAGUGCCGAGCGCUGGAGUCCUGUGCAGAGCGUGGAGAAGAUCCUCCUGUCAGUAGUGAGCAUGUUGGCAGAGCCAAAUGAUGAGAGCGGUGCUAACGUGGACGCUUCCAAGAUGUGGCGGGACGACCGCGAACAGUUUUAUCGCAUUGCCAAGCAGAUCGUUCAGAAGUCCCUGGGGCUCUAGGACACGCCUUCCCUCCCCGGCCUUCCUUGUUUCUCCCUCCCCACCCCCCCAUCAUCAGCGGUUCCCCUGCAGCGUCCCCUCUUGUCCCCAUGCUCAGCCCCUCGACGCUCCUUCCGUUGGAGGGGUGGCGGCUUCUGCUCUUAGGAGCAUUCCUCGGAUGGAAGGGUUGGACAUCUGGUCCGCCCAGGCACUGCCCCGCCUUGAUGCUGGUGAGAGGCCAGGCUGUCAGCUGCAGACAGGAACCGGAAGGAAGGGCUGGUGGCGGAAGCAGACUCCGGGCCCAUUGAUGCGUGUUGACAUAUGUGCCACGUGGGGAACAUCUGCUGCGAUCACAUUCUGUCCUUACAAUUUGACAAAUACGUGUUUUUCUUAUCAUCUAGUGGAAUGAUCUUUUCAGCUGUGCAUUGCUGUCAAACCCAGAAUGUUUUUGGCAGUGGCCUUUCUUAUCAUGUGGGUCAGCGCCUGGGGUGGGGGAGUGCUAUGAGGUGUGUGGAGUGGAUUAAUUAGGAAAAAUCUUCGUCAGUCCGUCUUUAAAACCAAGAGGUGUUUGGGCAACAUUUCUCACAGACUCUGAUCUCUGCUGUGGUCAGCCGCAAAUUCUGGCCAAGGUGCCUGUGGGGGUGCUGGGCUUUGCCCGGGCCUGCAGACUUGGAAGGCUCCCGGAAUCCUCAUGUGCCUGGGAUGAGCCGAAUGGCUCUGAAGCCUCUCUCCAAGGUCAGGUGGUGGAGAAGGAAGGCCCCAGCAGCCUGGCGCUCCUGUUGCUUCCUGGGAUCUUGACCGCCUCAGGAGUCUGGAGCCAGAGCUGAGAGAGAGAGAAUAUAAUCUAAGCAAUAACAGCUCCAUCACCUACAGAAUCAGCUGCUUGGGUCUGCUUUUAGCAGACGACAUUUUAAGUAGGAAUUUCUAUUUUUUAAAUGCAAGAAAUAGAUUUGCAUU